AUGUUUAGGUUGAUCUUCCCCGCCUUCAUCGUUGCCUUGUUCGUUGCACAAGGCUUCGCUAACCCAGUCGCACCCUUGCCCGUUGAGGUUGAACGCCGAAACGACACGACUCCAGCCACUGGACCCUAUAACCCGCUCGCCGACCCUACUAUUCUUUCUCCCGAACCACCUAUCACCGAUGUCCACAUGACUAUCACAAAUGCUCGGAUCAUAAGUGUUGCCCGAAGGAUACUUACUGCUGGAAGGGCUAUUGUUUCCCCAACGGAUGCGAUCAUUGCGGACAUGGUUACUGCAAACCUGGCUAUCGUUGCUACAAGGGCAAAUAUUGCAUCCCCGUUAACACGUACCCGUGUGGUCCAUACCACUUCUGCUACAAAGGACAAGAAUGCUGCAACAAAGAGAAGGGGACCUGCUGCCCGCCUGGAUAUUUAUGCCACGGAUACGGAUGCAUUCCGAAAGGUUGCAACCCAUGCGGCGAUAAACAUUAUUGCGGCCCUGGAUACAAGUGCUGCAAAGGCGGGAAAGCAUGUUGCCGCCACUAAGAAUGUACGUGGCAUUCCGAGUCGAUGGAUCGACGUACGAAGCGAUCUAGUCGAGUUGAGUUGGAAUUGGUGCCGACCUAUCCGUUCAUGGACUCUCACUUUGGACUGCGCUUCUGACUGA